AUGGAUAACUUCCACUACGAUCUGACUUCCGAGCAGCUCCAGAGCUUCCAGGAUCGAGGAUAUCUACUUGUUUGUGGCUUCUUCAACCCGACGGAGACGAGAGUGUUGCAGCAGUGGGCGCAGGAGGUCCAUGACCUCCCUCGUACCCCUGGCGUUCCGUGGAUGCCGUACGAAGAGGUCAAUGGAGAGGGCAAGCACGUCCUGUGUCGCACGGAGAACUUUGCCAACUCUCACGCCGGAUUUGACAGCUUCCUUCGGGGGCUGCGUGCCACUAGCGCACUGAACCAGCUGGCCGGUGAGGAGAUGCUUCUUUUCAAGGAGAAAAUCAACUACAAGUUGGCAGGAAGUGGGGGUUUCGACCCGCACAUCGACGCCAAUGCGUACACUCACGUCAAGAACAUCAAACAUUUGACAAUUCUCGCCGCCGUGGACGAGAUGAAUGAGACCAACGGCGGACUGGAGGUUGUUGACGGCAGCCAUCGCAUGGAAGUCCCUCUGGGUAGCGAUCGUUGCAUUGAACCAAGUUGGGUCAAGAGUCACACGUGGACACCGUGCAACCUGGAGCCCGGUGAUAUUCUUGUCUUUGGAUCUUACUUGGCCCACCGUAGCGGUGCCAACACGAGUUCCAAAGAUCGGCGCGCCAUCUACGCCACAUACAACUGUGCGGCCGAGGGGAGUCUGCAUGAUCAGUACUAUGCCGACAGGCAGAAGCUCUGGCCUGCGACUCACAUGCGGAAGCAGGGCAUGACUUACGAGGAGGGGCGAGCUCGCUACGCCUUUGGGUCCCCCAUGUUGACCGUCGAUUCGAAGAAGGUUUCUGCAGUCUGA